GCCUACCGGACUCCAAAUCCACGAUACGAUCUCUAUCAGUGAAGAGCAAUACCAUGACUCCUCGAAGGGGAAACCAUUCAAACCUUCGAUGCUCGUGGAUUUGGAGUCCGGUAGGCCUAUGGAAGUAGUGGUUAUUGUGGGUGAAGUGGUCAACACUGCUAGGAAAGUAGGAAUCGAAGUUCCUAG